AUGAUUGACAUAUAUUGGGUCCUCACUCCACACGGGCUCGAUGAUAGAUCCAACCACAAACCGGCAUGCCACCAAGUUGCACCCUCCUCGGCGGUUGAACGGUCCCCGGCGGUACUCAAAUCCAUACGAAUGUUCAGUGCAAACCCGUUGCUCAUGGAAUUCCUUGGGAUUGAGAUCGCCUCCCACUAUGACCUGUUUGACGAUCUUCAGAUCGGAUUCGACGUGCCAUUCGUGGCACGUGUCGACAUUGCAAUGGAACCCAGCAAUAUCUUUCAUUUCAUUGGAUUGUAUUUCAACCACAUGGCUGUUGGAGAACACCUUCCAGGGAUGUUGCAAGUCAAUGCCGUCACUCCGUGGCACUCAAGCUUGCGAGGUCGCCUCACGCCAGAGCAGCUACAUAUGUGGCGUGAGGCUCGAGCACGGCAUAACGCAAGAGAGGACUUGGGGAACUCAGUGACCACUGAGUUGCUCAUCCCCGCUGUUGUGCUGGAUGAUGCAAGAAAUCGCAAGCCCUUGUUCAUACAUAUUAUCGCUAUCGCAGGCAGGCAGUUCUAUACACCCAGUAGUAUGACAUGUCUAGAGUAUCUCAAUUUGUAUAUUCGGGCGGAUGUGCAGAAUCAGUUGUAUUUGCGGGCUAAAAUGACAAAACAAGACAGGGAAGCCAUUUGUGCUACAGGUCGCAAUGAGGAUACACUUCUGGUUCGUAUCCUCAGAAAGAAGAUGGAAAGAGAACACCUCUAUGCAAAUAUUUUCACGCAAAAUGGGCAAGUGCAACCCAGGACCCGUUAUGGCUUUUACUUUUUCCUUGUCUUUCUUCUUGGCUGUUUGGUCUGGGUUGUCGCUACAUAA